AUGAGUGGAUUAUUACAUACUUCGUUAAUCCAGCGAAGUAAAAAGACCAAAAAUAAGUUGUUAAUACAAAUACUAGAUUCAACUGUUUGCUCAAUAUGCCAAGAUUAUAUGUUUGUACCGAUGGUAACCCCCUGUGGCCACUCAUUCUGUUACGGUUGUUUGUGCAGUUGGUUCAGUAGUAGUAAUGUUGAUGGAUUAAGUUGUCCGCAUUGUAGAACCAGUAUAACAAGUGCACCAUAUUUUAAUUCAACUUUAAAACAGUGGCUGGAGAUAUUUUUAGAUACAUUGGAUGAUAAUGACAAAAUUAAAGAUAUAUUUAAAUCAAUGACAGAAGGUAAGGAAGAGAGUUUCAAGAAAUAUCAAAAGGAUAAAAAUAAUGAUCAAUUGUACAAUGGUGUCUUCAGUGAAACAGCAUUAGCUGUAAUUGAUGAAGAUGAUGAUGGAAUUGCCCGCUGUAGUAAUUGUCAUUGGGAAUUGGAUCCUGACUUUGAAGAAGGAGGUAACGUAUGUCCUCAUUGUAAUACUAGAAUUAGAAAUCAUGUUACAUCUACAAGCACAAAUGUAAGAACUGAAGGAUUUCAAAGUAGUGAAUAUAGUGAAGAUGAGCUAGAGCAAUUACAAGAUGAUAUAACUAGACAACGCGAGCCUAGUGAAGACAGUAAUAAUAAUAUUAAUAAUGGUAAUGCAGAUAAUGAAGAAUCUCCAAAUCGUAAAUCAAUUACUAAUAUCUUUGAUGAUAAAGCCAGCGAAGAUGAUGAAUAUUAUAGUUCUGAGAUAGAUGCACCAAGUACUACUAAGUUUCGUCCCAAAACGAAUAAAUUUGGUUGGAAGGCUAAUAUAUAUAAGCAAAGAACUACUUCAUAUAAUGAUGAAGCUGGUAUAAAUGACGAGCUGGACAUGGAUUCUGAUUUGGCUGAUUUUAUUGCUGAUGAUGAUGAAAUUGAAGUGGAAGAGCUUGAUGAUAACGAAGAUGAAAUCGAUGGGAUAAGGAUUAAACAUAGAACACCUUCUAACGAUGGAUAUGAAGUCACAGAUGGAUUUUCAGAUGACGAUGAUGAUAACCAAGAAACACUGGGACCAUUAUCAAAUAAAGAGGAUAUGCUAAAUGAAUCUGAAUCUCAUGAUAGCGAGUAUUAUGAGCGUAAUCAUUCAGGGUUUGUAAGUGGUGAUAGUCUAGAUGAUAGUGCUGAAGUUCAGGAAUUGAUGAAGAGAAGAUCAAGGAAAAGAAUCAUUGAAGAUGAUGAGGAUGAUGAAGUGGAAGAAAUUGGAAGUAAAAAGAUUGCUAGUAAGACUACCACCAAAUCAGAUGAUAACCAGGAUUUGGAAAAAUCAGACUCGGAUAUCAUGGAUUUACUUGAUGGGAAUCAAACUUCAAAUAAUUCUUCUAAAAGACAACGACGUUAUAAAGUAGUGGUACCGGACAGUGAUGAAGAUUGA